AUACCGAAUGUCACAAUCCUGUUUAAAUAUUUUAUAUAGCUAAAAUUUUGCUAUUUUGCCUAUUGGCUAUAACAGCUACUUUACAGAUUUUCGGCGUCAAUGAAGUAUAGAUUUCUAAAAAUUUAACAAAGCUAUUCAGCUUUAUACUAGUUUUAGAAAGAUUUAUAAAUUGUAUAGUGAUGUUGUCGAAGUUUGCGCUGGUGAAUGCGCGGGGUUCGUGCCUAACGGGCACGCUGCAGCGGUUACGCGGCGGAGCAGCGCGCCCUCAGCCCGACCCGCUCAAGGUGCAGGUUCGCCGCUCGACCGGCCACAUCUUACCACCUUCGCAGUACGAUGCCCGAAUACCGGAUAAGAUGAAGUUCGGCACGCUCAUAAUCAACAAUUAUGAAAUUAUUCCGGUGUUUGUUGUAACAGCUUUCUCCUUAACCAUUCUGUUCUUUCAUAUUAUCUGGGCUUCGAAAAACAAGGUGGACGUCGUAUGGCAGGCGAAUAGCCGUGAUAACAUAUCUCGGACUAUGGACUUGGACUACCCGACAGUGCACAAAAUGUUCAUUAUCAAUCAGAUUUACGAGCCUUGGCCGGAAAUGAAGAUAGUCUUGAAGAAAAUGCAUGACGCUGCGCACCGCCAGCUGUCGCGGCAAGAACUUUGUAACUACAAAUAAGUCGCGCACGACGAUAGUUGUUAGGGAUUCCGAUGUUAGCUCUAGCAUGGUACCCACUCUUCGCUGAAGCGUAUGUAUAGACGGUUUGGACUUAAUAGAUCUUCAGUCUCGGUGACCAAUAAUAUUUGUUUACGCGGCGACUGAGAAACCGGUCGUUGAUGCCGAUAUGCUUAAGUAAACCUAACGUCUCUAUGACUUGCAAGUAUUACUUUCAGCAUUUGAUCGUACAAUUGGAGACGGCCAGUGAUGGCCAAAGCUGGCCGUUAAAACGUCUCGAUCUUGUUUACGUCAAAAAAUUUUGCACUUAUGUGCCGAAAUGUGGGCGUUGUAUGUUUUCUAUCAAAGUAUUAAUGUGAUGUAUUAGUCUGUCCUAGAGUUUAAUUUAUGUUUUUUAAUGUGCUCAAUUUUAAUGUCUUUUUAUCGUUAUUUGUAUUUAUUAUUUUUAGAUAUUGCACCAGUACUUUAGUAGAAAACAGCAGUGUUUGGAUACAUUCGGGCAAAAACGCUUACAUGAAAAGACGAUCGAGAUGAUCCUAUUGAAUAGUUGCAGAUUAUUGGAAAGUAACUAUAACGAAGAGCGAUAGGUGAAGUUUAUCUUCUACCCUCGUAGUUUUUUACGAACAGCGUUGUACUUGGUCGAUUUGUAAUAACAUGGUGGUCGAAUUUGACGUGCACCUAAUAGAAAUUGGGAAUAAAGGCAAAAUUUAUUUCAGAAUUAUCGUCAGCCAGCAAUAGUUUGGUUGACCGUACUUUUGGGAAUUUAGCAGUUCGGUAGACUAUAGAGGUGCUUUUUGUAUUAGUAUACAGGGAAAAAAUGGAUAAAUAUUUUACCAAAAGUUUGACUGUGUACUUUUUUGCAUUGUACGUUCACGUAUUUUUCAUCAUAUUUCUUUACGUUUUCUGUGACAUGAAAUUAACCAGAUUCCUUGAUAAUCUAUACUAUAGUACUGCCUGAUAUGAAAAUGGAGCUCUUGAGUUUAUAAUUCAAAGAAGUUGACAUUGGCAUCUUUGGCGAAAUAUUAUACUCUAAAUAAGAUAUUUAUGAAAUAACAUUUAUUUCGUAUAAAGUUGUGUACGUUAAAGUUGGCCAAACGUGUAUGUGAAAUGUGCUUGAAGUGCAAUCUCGCAUUGUCGUGGUGACUUUAGCUUCGUAGUGAGCUACGUUGCAGCGACUUCUGCUCUGAGGCGACUUUACCACUGGACGGUAGAGACCAGUCUGUCGCGUUCAACUUCGCGCAUUCUGCCGGCUAAUUAUGCAUUACGACAGUUACCACGAAUUGCAGCGACCGGAUACGUGUAAGUAGGCUAGACUUAAAAUGCAAUAGGUAAGUAGUGUUAUUUGCCGAUUCGCUUUGCGUUUUUGCGCAGCUUUCGCAGCGACCUG